CAUUCGUACAGGGUGAUAAACAUUAAUUCGGAGAAGCAAACUCUACUUCGACGAUGUACGGUGUGCAGGCGUUAGUGAUUUUGGCAUGUUUGUGCAAAAGUUGGAAUGUAGCGGGCCAACAAUCAAACCCUACAGAUCCCUCGACCAUAUACUACACCGAACCUCACAGCAAUAGUGUGACGCCUGAUUAUGGAGUAUCAAGCUUCACCGAAUUACCCGGCGGUCGGAUUACCAAAGGUGAAAGGUUGCUCCAGAGAUCCCGGAGUCCCUACGUCGUUCGCGAGGAUCUUUUCGUGGAACGUGAUGGGACUCUGGUGAUUGAGCCUGGCGUUGAGAUCCGGUUUGCUCCAAUGAUUGGCAUCACAGUUCGCGGGAUUAUCACUGCCAAGGGCACACCCGAACAGCCGGUCGUGUUUACGAGCGCUGAGGCGCAAUCCACUCAGCCCGAGCCCAGGUCUAUUCGACUCGUCGAUGGGCCGAGUCCGCUCGAAGGACGGCUGCAGCUUCUUCAUCAUGGCGAAUGGCGAUCCGUCUGCACCAACUCCCGAAAUUGGACUCGGGCGGAUCUUGAAACGGCUUGUCGAGAAUUAGGAUUGCAAGGUGGUGCGUGGCGCGGAUGGUUGGAUAGACAGUGGCCAGCUAGACCUCGUCUUCUCUACGAACAGCCAGGUUGUCGCGGCACCGAGUCAUCCCUGCAAAGUUGCGACCAGUGGUCUUACAGGCAGCUCGGUGCUGGAGCCUGCGAUUACCAUCCGGACCUUGCUAUCUCUUGUCUGCCUCGACAUGAUGGCGCUACACAAGCCGUUAAACAUUGGCGCGGCCUGCGAUUUGAGAGUAGUGUCUCCGACAAGUCGUUAAUACAAGAGAACACCAUGAACGUUUACAGAUCCGAGUCCAUCCUGAGGCAUGUGGACAUCAAAUAUGCGGGCACAGGCCGUGAGUACAACACAACGUCGGCUCUGCAUGUGGAAGGUGUUCCACCACGCAUGGAAUCACUUUCAAUUCUUCACUCGGCGUUUAACGGUCUAAAUGUCACUUCGCCGAAUGCUCCAGUCGUCAUCACAAAUUGUACCAUACGCAGUAACAAGGGGUACGGAAUUUACGUGAACAGUUCAACCGGCCUUGCUCUGGUUGAAAAUUGCGUGGUACUCGACAACGGGGCGGAUGGAAUAAAGUACGUACAUCACAACGAGAAACCCGAUGAGAAACUGGACAGAACCGAUAAUCACGAUUUGUGCCAACUUCCAGGAAAUCCUAGUCAAAUCUUUCCGAUAAUUAUUUUUAUGGAACAACGCAACCAUAAAUUGAACCGGGAAGUUUGUACGAAGCAUAUUUACACGCGACCCGGGCAUGUCCUGACGGUGCAUUUCCUGCAAAUGAUUACGGAUCAGAAUGACACGGCGACGAUUGAAGUUUACGACGGAACCAGUGGGGCGGAAAAACUUUUGGGAAGUGUCAAAGUGCGGAAUGGAACAUUGCCGCAAAGUGUGACAACGACGCGGCAUAAUUUGUAUAUUAAAUUCGUUGCUGAACCUCGGACGCAGAUGAUCGCCUUCAUCAGACUUUCCUCGGGAUACAAAAAAACGUAUGAUUUAAACGUGACCGGCAGCACAAUAGCGGACAACAAUGGCCGGGGAAUAGCCGUUGAAAAGAUACGUUCUGCGCUGCAUAUUCACGAUACUUCUGUAUCGAACAACAAUCAUGUGGCGGGGGUGCACGUCGCUGGUGGAUCGGCGGACAUAAACGUGACGGAAAGUCGCAUAUCGUUCAACAACGGUGACGGUGUAAAUGUAACUUUGUACGGUGGUAACCGAAAUAUAUCGAGGACAAGCAUUUCCUCCAAUCGUGGAUAUGGCUUCGCUGUGUGGCUUAACGACAGUUCGAACUCGGAGUACGUUGCCUUCAAUCAAACGACUGUCGUUGAGUACUCGGAGGUGUUCAAGAACAAGGACAUCGGUGUAUUGGUAGGAAAUGCGACGGGUAAUUCUUACGUGAAUGUAACUGGAAACUGGUUCAACGGUAGUUCGGAAGUUGCGGUUCAAGUCGAGUCCAGUUGGAGGCAGAAUGGAAAUUUGCUGAAACUACAAAUUGGCCACAACGUUUUUAUACAAAAUACGAAACUUGGGAUAAAACUGAGUCCUGCUCUGAACAUGGAUGGAUGCAUUGAGUACAAUCAUUUCAAAGAACACUCUUAUGGCGGUAUAUUGGUGCGGAAUCCGCUUUACGAGGAAUUCAACACCCUACCGGCAACCCUGCUGAUACAACAUAACGAGUUCUACAACAAUCGUGGUGUAUUUGUUGUCAGCAUCGGACUGUCGCCGUACAGCGACGUCCAGAGGCUAUUGUUCACCAGAAAUUUCGUUCGUAACAACCGGAUUCGUGAAGCAUUGGACGAUGGAGAGAACCAGGGUGUUAGAUUGAUUCCGAGAUCAAGGGUGGCCGCUGCUGUGGUCGUCUCAUCCGGGAAUGUUGAAGUAUUUAGGAACAUUCUUCAAAAUCCAGAAUCGCUGUAUGAAAUUGGCUCCCAUUUGGGAGACCAGAGUAAAGUGAUCAAUUGCACUUAUAACUGGCUUGGAUUUUCCGAGGAGCCGAAAAUAUUUGACCGAUUGUUUCACAGGAAAGACAGGUACAAUUUAGCCAAAAUUGAGUAUCUUCCGUACCUCUUGCACCCCAGCAAUCCAGCGGCCAACACAAUAAUAUCGAAUCCUACUUACGUUGCGCAAUUUCAAAACCCGGGCACGAAUUUUGUCGGCGGAGAAGUAGAUGGACAGGAAAGUCUCUCAGCUGGAGAGUACGUCGUCGUACGAGAUAUCAAUAUCAGACCUGGAGGGAAACUGACCCUGCAGCCAGGUGUUACCUUGCGAUUUCCGCCCGCGGUCGGAAUGAUGAUCGCUGGUAAGCUGGAUGCGCGGGGCAAAGAGCCGAGUGACAUCAUGUUCACCCUGAAGGAGGAGAUUGUCUACGAACCUGAAAAUGAAACUUCCACAGACAUGGCCAUGCUUGAGGACGGCGAGACAAGUGCUCCCGUGAGGCUUCUGGGUGGUCGUACGAACCUUGAAGGCAGAUUGCAGGUUCGCAUAGGAGAAAGAUGGGGAACCGUCUGUAAUUACGGAUGGACAAUUAGAGAUGCUGCUUUAGUGUGCCACCAGCUAGGAUUGAGCUUGGAUCCAGAUAAUUGGUUCAUGGAACGCUCUGAUAUUCCGAGUGCUGGUACAAACGAGGAAAUCGUACUGAGUAACGUUCAGUGCACGGAGGAUGACGUUGACGUCACAAAAUGUCGAGCCGAAACCGUAAACGAAUUCGAAAAUUCUUGCACCCAUGAAAACGACGUCGGGAUUGUUUGCUCGGAAGCCGCCUGGGCUGGUCUCAGAUUCAGUCCAUUGGCUCAAAGGAGUGACCUUCAGUAUAUCACCAUAGAAAGAGCUGGUCUCUUUGACUAUACGACGAACGCGUUCAAGCCUGCCCUGCAAAUUGACUUUGCAAGACACUCUAUGGAUGGAAUAAAGGUUGUAAAUAAUCUUCAAGACGGACUGGGAGUAUUAUAUUCCGACAUUUAUUCAGCGGAUGCGGUGAAUACCGUAAGGAACAGCGAGUUUUCGAACAACAGAGGUAGUGGGAUGAGUUUCAAACAGCUUGGCUUGAAAGUUUUCCGAUCGCGGUUGGAGAAUAAUGGGAUAGCCGGAAUCCGACACAAUCCCGCUCUGUCGGCAGUUCAGCAAAGAGAAUUCGCCGGAUGGUUUGAUCGUUCACCCGACAUGACGGUUGACACGCCUUACAAUCCGAUCGUAAUACCUGAAGACAGUGGUGAUAUUGAAUUGGCCAAUGGCGAAACGAAGUACGUUAUCACCGCUAAGCCCGAUCGAGCGAAUCUCGACCGCGUGAUAAAUGUUCAGUGUACACCGGGCUAUGUGAUAGGUAUCCAGCUCUUGAAUCCGAUACAAAAUCGAAGCACGGAGCAGAUAAUUAUCCAUGAUUCCCAUAACACGAAUCAUAAAGGUAACAUCUGGUAUCUGAAGAGAGAUCUUACUGUAUUUCCUGUCAGUUCCAGUUCGUACAAAGUUAUCCUGGAAUAUCACAGUGGCGAUGAUUCUCUCGGUGGUACAGUUAUCGCUCUUACUGCACUCUUGGCUCCAGUUCAGGAUAUUCGUAAUCGGAUCGUUCAAGGACCUGUUCCAACACUGACCGUCACCAACACGAAAAUUAAAGGAAAUAAACGCGGUAUUCUGGCCUCGUACUACAACCGAUACGUGGAUGAAUUGGGUGACCACUUUUUGCGAAAGGCCAACGAGACGAUUAAAUUGAUCGGCUGUGAAAUAUCCCAUAAUACCGAUCAGGCGAUUUAUGUGAAUUCACCGCAUUGGAACGUCUUUCAAUCUAACGUAUCAGAGAUUUCGUUUCAAAUAAACAACACACUGAUUACCGACAACGGUAAAGGAAUCCUACAAUUCAGCCGGGACUUGAGGCAUUCAAACAACCUGUUCCAUUGGAUUUUGCAAGACAAUACCUUCGAAAGAAAUCGUGCUGGUGGUUUCGAUGUUACGUUACCCUACGUGUGGCAGUACAAUGAAAAUUUCACCCACUCGUUAUACUUUGAUAACAACACAUGGCGCAGCAACGAGCAAUUUAGUUUCAUCGUUGACGGCCACUUUGCCAAUUUAAACAUGUCUUUCAACGUCUUCGAUACCAAUCGAUGCAAGACGGGUCUCAUUUCUAUACGUGGUAUGGAAAAGCGUAUGGAGAUCCACGAUAACAGGAUCGAAAAGAACAGCGGUACCUACAUGGUGGAGUUCAAGGCUGACAGCCAGUCAGAAAUAUUAGGCGAGAUGAACGCCAUAUUUUACAAGAAUGAGGUAAAGCGAAAUCACUACGAAAGCAUAACCAGAGGCUUUCAUCAGAUGUACAACACGCCGACGUACGUCGUCGGUUUUCACGGUAUUCAAAAGGUGCGCGUGUACAGAAAUUUAUUCGGCGAAAACACGUUGGAUUACGAACUCUUAGCUGGUAUUAGAACUGCUAAGAUUAACAACGAGGUACAGGUAACGGAAAAUUGGUGGGGCACUGCUGACUACGCCCAAAUAAGGCAGAGAAUCUUCGAUUUCGACGAUUGGAACGAUCAUGCAGUGGCCAACUUUGUACCCUACCUGACAGAGGACGCGAUCGAUUCGUCGAUUUCAGUCAGCUGGGAUCUCGUGACCGGUGUCGAUUUAGAUAAUUUGGGGGGAAGACUUACCGAAACCUUGUCACUGUACCGGCGUGAUAAACCCUACAUCAUACGAGCUGAUAUAACAAUAAUGCCAGAUGCAACGUUGAACAUUUACCCGGACGUUGUUAUGGAGUUUGCACCCAACGUCGGUAUCUUGGCUCUCGGAACUUUGAAUGCUAUCGGAGCUCAUGGGCAUGAGAUCGUGAUGAGGCCUUUGACCGUCGACAAUCCAAAUUCCAAUACGUUGAGAAAACGGAGUUUGAAAAACGACCUGUCAUUGGACACAAUCCGAUUAUGCAAGGAGGGAAAUUGCACGUCCUCGAGCAAUGAAGGCUUUUUGGAGUAUUUUAAUCACACAACUUUGCAAUGGAUACCAAUAUGCGACUCACGUUUCACCGAACGGAAUGCCGAAGUUGCUUGCCGUCAAUUGGGUUACGAUUCGUUGAACGUUUUCGUUACUCGGGAUCGCAGAUACGAGCUUCAUCAGGGCUCACUGACUCGAAUUUGGUCGUGGCCGGAACCAUUGCAGUGCGUCGGAAUCGAAGAGCGUAUCGAAGACUGUCAGAUUCGAUUAAACGGACAACUGUUUGGUCACAAGGACGAGUGCCCGUGGGAUGGUGAAUUCGUAUUCGUUCACUGCGGCGAAAGGAACUUGGAUCCAACCCAGGACUAUUGGGGUGGCAUACGUAUGGCUAACGCCGAAUUCGAACAUCACUUGUACGAGCAUCGCAUUCAUGACGUUAUCACACAUAGUACGGUUCGUCGAGUAGAAUCUGUGCUCAAGUUCGUGAAUGUCACGGGUGCUGGUAUCCUGCACAAUGAAAAGGCCGCAGCUAUCCAGUCUAUUAUGAAAUCCCCGGAAAUUACCCACGUCGGAGUUACCCAGAGUGCUUAUCACGGGAUCAAUAUCAUUUCCCCUACGCAUACGGUGGAGCUGCUGUUCAACAGUAUUGAAAAUGUAUUGGGAAAUGGUUUAAACAUUCUGUCUUUGACUGGAGAAGGUCGAGAGGCGGAUGAAAGUUCGUUUACACCAAUCAAAUCUCUACACAUUCCCUAUCACUUGUUCAGCAUGAUCGAUAUUUGCGACACCGAUAAAGAAAUAACGAUCGAGGAACGAGUACUCGUUUACUAUAAGUACGACAAUAAUCCGGUGAAUUGUGUCAAGAUAUUCAGGAGUACCUACAGGGCUAAGCCUUUCGGAUUCAGACUGCUGCAAUUUGACCUGUUCAAUUCGACCGGCAAGCCUGGACGUGCCGACGGAAUCACGUUGUACGAUGGAGAUAUCUACAACGUGACGGCUCGAGAAAUUGGACAUCUGGAGGCUGGUACAUCGCAAGAAAAAAAGCUGUUCCGAACCACUGGGCCAAGCCUUAGUAUUAGAUUAUUCGCUAACGGUGCCAGCGGUAGCCAUGGAUUUAUUGCAGAAAUUGUUACAUUGCCGAUAUCCGCGAUUGGAUUCAAUCGCGACGUUCAGCACAACGUAUCCUAUUCCAUAGUAUCAAACUGCCACGAGGGCGCGGUUAAAUACGCAAGCGCCGGGGAGGUGAACGCAAUAAUGACCCUGGAGAGGAAUCAGUUUUUGAACAAUUGCGCGAAGCUAUAUGGAAAUAUAACAACCUGCGGAUCGGCGGUUACAUUGGACGUGCAAAAUACGCAAUCACUGUAUUUUCGCAAUAAUUUAGUGAAAGGAAAUCAAGGCGGUCUAUUGAUACGUGCCGAUUCCCGAGGGUCUGCCACGUCUUUGAAAGGCUGGAUUCACAACAAUUUGUUUACCGAUAACUUUAACAAGCCCGCAUUGUACGUGGAAGGCAGACAAAGCAGUCCUUAUCAGGAAGUCACGAUAUUCCGAAACUAUUUCACGAGAAACAUUGCGCCGUACGAGAAUAAUAUUGUGCUGAAACAGGUAGUUAGUAAUAUGACGUUGAACUACCUGCACGGCAAUCAGGGCAAGCAUUUACUCGAGAUUUCUGGAUUCGAACGAGUUCGAUUGCCGAUAUAUCAGAGUACUUCGCAUAAUGGAUUUUACAAAAAUUAUGCAGUGAACCGGGAGAGUAGAAGUACUAUCGUCGCUGGCACACCGGGGCAACAAUACGUUGACAAUGUAUUUUUCAAUCCCGACAACGACUAUGAAAUGUCAACAAUGAACAGAUCGCUACUUGUCGACGUGGAGUGGUAUUACAAUCAAUUGGAAAUGUGGAGAUCGCACGUGGACGCAAGACACAAUUGGUGGGGCUAUAACGAAACCAUAGCCGUUGCCGGAAGGAUAAAAGACCGAGAGGAUUCACCUGAACUUCUCCAGGUUGAUUACCAACCGUUCUACAUGAGUAACAAGAGCGUUUUGACCGGCAAGUGUCCACCUGCAUGGGAAUUAGUCGGCGACACGUGCUACAUAUACAUUGGCGCUCCCAUGGACUUUUACUCAGCAAGAGAUUUCUGUAGGAUGGCCAAUGCAUCGAUGCCUUUUAUAAUGGGUGAUUACAUCGAAUUGUGGAAGUUCCUCAAGAAGCAACAGACACGUUUCGAUUAUUCCGAACGAGUUUGGGUACAGCAAUUAGAGAAGGUCGACCAGUGCACGAUGUUUACGUAUCAAACGAUCGAAGUUGAUCACUGCAUGCAGCCAAACACAUUCAUUUGUGAAAUCGAUCCCAGAGUAUAUAUCGACCCCUUAUCGUGGAGAAAAGACAUAGUGGCUAUAGGAGUGUUGAGCUCGGCUGGAAUAGCGCUCGCACUUUUGGCGGCUGCCAUAGCCCUUUGGGUUUCAAAAUCGAAGAGAAGACGAGUGGAACGUCUUGAAAGGCGAAACUCCAUAAGACAGUCUCUGCACUCCCUUCGAUCGGUUGGUUCGACUUCCGGAUUCACGGAACUCGGUUAUCGAAGAAAACCAAUUUCUCGGCGAAAACGGGAAAAAAGAGUGGUUCUGGUACCACCCAUGCAGACGAAGCAAUCAACCGAUACGCUCAACUCCCGAUCUCUGGAUUAUAAGAAAAUGAUGAACAACGGGAGCAUAGACUCAAUGGAUAAGUCUCAGUUGAAUUCGUCGAUGGAAGACAAUCAGAGCUACGACGUUUACGAGGCGCACAAUCCUCGUUAUUCACCGAGGGCCAGUAAUGCCGGCGAAUUCAAGGGUAACAACCUGCCCAAGUAUCAUCCGACAGCGAGAUCCGUCAAUCCCGCCUUCGACCUCUCGUAUCGAAACGAGGGAUUCAGGAAUCACUCAACCUUCGCGGUCCCGGAUCAAAACGGAUGGCCCUCCACCGGGAACGUCGAACCUCCAGCGGACACCCCCGAGGACAGCCCGUCCGAGCCAAUGAACGAGCUAUCGUAUUUAAAUAACGCCUCGACCUUGCCGCUGAAUUCGAGUCUCGCUACGACCGAUUCAAUAAGCGAUAUGAAGCGGGAACUCGAAGCAUCUCCAGCGCACAGCCCGACCGGGGCUUUCGCACCAUCAAUCCAAUACGACACCGAGCCGCUAACACCGGGAUCCGAACCGGUUCCAGAAUACUUCAGUCCCCCGCCGCCCCAUCCUUAUUAUUACGAGGAAAGGCCCAGAAGCGAGGCUCUUCUGGAAUCCAAUUUAGAUCAGCCGGAAGAAAAACCUUUGCGAUCAAAGAGCGAAGCUUUGCUAGAAACUAAUUUCGACGUAUUCACACCCCCCGAACCUACGGAAUUGACGCAGCUCUCAUCGGGCUCACGCAGCAAAAGUCAACCGCUCGAGACAGCUAUGUAAAUACGGAUAUAUAUGUAUGCAUACAUGACCAGCUGUGGUAUAUAGUGAUGUACAUAUACAGAUCGUUCAUAUUACUUUGCCCUGUUCGAUCCGCGUUUCAACAUUCCAAUAUGUACUCGUUUUCAUUUCUCUUUAUUUAUUUAUUUUUAUUUUUUCUUUGUUUAUAUUUGCAUUAGACACCCGACACCCUACUCUUGAAUGGUAUAGAAGUACUUAGGAAGAUGUGAAGGCAAAACGAAAACCAUAAAUCACAGGCUUGCAUGGAAAAACGUACCUGAUUCACAAUGUCAUUUACUCUGAAUGUGGCUCGUCCUUUUGGCUGUUGGAUCCUACAUUUUUUCUGUAUUCCUCUACUGGAAAAGUUGGAAUUAUCGUUAUUAAGUAACAUAUGAAUGUAACAUUUAUUGAUUUCCUUGAAAAAAUGAAACUGCUUUUCAAGCUGCAUAUCUUUUAUAAUAUCUUAAAACUCGUUAAAACUAUAAAAGAUUUGUUUGUAAUUUCAAUUGCUUUUCACGGAAAUUGAUUGUUACCCGAAUUAUUCGUACAUCUACUUAAUAAGAUUUAAUUCAACGUGACCAGUGCGAAGGUUUAAGAAAGACAAAUGGAAAUCCGCGAUUUAUAGUAUUUAACAGAAGUGUUUUUGGUACGUUUUCGAAACUGUCAUUGAAAUUUUCAACAAUCUGCAUCCUCGUCGAUAAAUCCUGAUAUAAAUUAACGUUGGCCUACCGCACAGUCUUCCUGAUUAAUAAAUUUAAAUAAUAAAUUCCCCUGGUCGAUGGAUUUUAUACACCGAAUUAGACAGAGUACGCGAUUAAUAAUGUGUACAAUAUUCACUACGAAUUAAAGCUGACUGAUAAUUGGACUCUUUGAUUUCGACAAAAGUAUUGUACGACAUAUAAGUGUUUUCGUAUUUUCUGCCGCCACUUUGGAAUGUUUCUUGUGCAUAGACUGUUUAAACACAUAAGUAAGUAUAAACGAGCCGAUAACCGAUCAACGUUUCUCUAAUUUUAUUGGAAGAAUGCGUAUAUGAACUGAUUAUUCUAUCGUUAA